AUGGAAUCAGAUCUAACUGUCGAAAUGGUGGAAAACUUCUCCCCAGAAGAUGCCAAAGCCAUGGAUAAGCCAGCUGAAAUGUUUUAUUGAAAGCCAUCUGAUAAUACUUAUAAAAUAAAGUUCAUCAGAUACAAGCUUAGAGAUUACGAUUCAGGGAUCACCUUGGCAGAUCUUGAGCACCCAGAUAUCGAUGAAGAACAGUUACUAAGCGAUGAGAUCCCUGAUGAGGAGAGGGUGAUCAACUACAAAUUUGGACCUGACUUCCUAGACCUCCAGACUAUUGGCACGCAACUGGAAUUCGCAGUGGGUGAUAAAGAAGUGAAAGACUUCCUUAUGAUCGAGAAGCAUUACUUCAAAGAUAGGAUCCUGAAAGAUUACAUGUUCGAUUUCAAAUUCUGCAUUCCAAAUACAGUCAACACAUGGGAGCAAAUCUACGAUCUUCCUGAGCUAACUGAUGAGGAGAAGGAGGAAAUUAUUGAGAAUCCCUAUGAAGUAAAGUCAGAUACCUUCUUCUUUGUUCAAGACAAGCUGGUGAUGCACUCAAGAGCCAUCUAUGAUUACUCCCCAUUUGAUGUUUAA